AUGAAUAAGGAAAACCCGCAACAUAACCUCAAUGAAGAUGCGGAUAAGACCAAGUACCAUUGUGCGCACUGUGACCAGCCGGAGAAUGACGAGUUGCAAAUGGCUUUCUGCGAUCAUUGCCAGAACGGCUACCACUACAGCUGCGUCGACGGUCCCACGACGGAAAAUGACGAUGAAGAGUGGAUGUGCCCCCUGUGUCGAAAAUCCGAUACCGACAAUCCUGAUCCGGAAGAUGAAGAGAUUGCGGCAGCAAUAAAAGCAGUAGAGCUGGAGAGGGAACGUCAGCGGAACCGUCAGGCCCAGAAAUUGAAACUGGCCCAGAUGCAGAUGGAACUCGAAAAAGAGAAGCUGGAAAUGCAAUGGGACACUGAGAAGAAGAUUCUUGAGAUGAAGAUCAAGGCGGAAACUGACUUCAAUCGGAAUCACAAGGCCGAACGUAAGGAGUUACAAAAGGAAUUGAAAAAGUUGACCAAACAACGACUGCGGAAGGAGAAAAGUACGAAUAAAUCCGGCACCGUCGGGAAGAAAGAGGAAACGUCAAACCCUACAGAUUUCCGCGACGGGAACGUUAGUAAUUCAACUCCAAUUCUGCAAGCUGGUGCUUCAGAAACGCAGAUCAGGAAAACGAAAUUUAAGCAGGGAUCGGUAGUCUUCGGGGAAAAAAGUAAAACCUCAGUAGGGGAAAAUAGCAGCUUCGAGGCCGAAUCUGAAGACGGCAGUAGCGCCGAAUUAUCAGAUGAUAGCAGCAGUACCGAAUCGUCUGAGAACAGCAGUAGCACCGAAUCUGAAUCCGAAGAAAAGGGGUCCAAAAAGAAGAAGAGUGUUAGAGCAGGUCCAACAAAGGCGCAGAUGACCGCUCGUCAAUUCUUGUCUCGAAAGCUUCCCGCGUUCACCGGCCGCCCGGAGGAAUGGCCCAUAUUUUUCAGCAGUUAUCAAACAUCGACAAAAGCGUGUGGAUUUUCGAACUUGGAAAAUCUUGCCCGUCUUCAGGAGUGCUUGAAGGGUGCUGCCAGAGAUGCGGUCAGCAGUCGUCUCCUGUUGCCGGAUGCCGUGCCUCAAGUAAUGGAGACGCUGCGUAUGUUGUACGGACGUCCUGAGCAGCUUUUAAAUACGCUUUUAACGAAAGUGCGGAAGGCUGAUCCACCGAAAUCGGACAAGCUGUCGUCGUUCAUCACCUACGGGGUUCUCGUCCAACAGCUCUGCGACCACCUCGAAGCUUCGAAAUUGAUGGACCACUUAGUGAACCCGAUGCUCAUUCGGGAACUAGUGGAUAAGCUGCCAGCGAGCACGAAAAUUGACUGGGUACGGUAUAAACGGCAAGUGACAUCGGUGACGCUGAGGACAUUGGCAGAUUUUCUGUCAGAUUUAGUUUCCGCUGCAAGCGAAGUGGUUAACUACUCGGAAACAUCACCACAGGCCAGUGGUGGUAAAACGGGAAAGCCAAAGAACAACAAGGGUAAAGAGCAAGAGAGCUACGUUUACACGCAUAGCGGGUCUGAAGUUGCCGCUCAAAACAAAAAACCGGAACGUACACCGUGUGCGAUGUGUGGAGAAACCAAUCAUCGAUUGCGGAAUUGUGAUAACUUUCGCAAACUCAGCGUACCACAACGGUGGGAAGCGGUUAACAAAUGGGAGCUGUGUCCAAUAUGCCUCAAUGCUCACGGAAAAGCGAAGUGUAAGCUGAAUAUUCGCUGUACCGCAGAAGGUUGCUCGGAACGCCACAAUAGACUACUGCAUCCUGCCGAGUUUCAGUCAAGCUGUAACACCCACAGCGCUUUAUCCAAGGAUUCGAUCCUGUUUAGAAUGGUGCCGGUUAAGAUAUUCAACGGGAAUAACAACGUUUCGACAGUGGCGUUUCUAGACGAGGGGUCUUCGUAUUCGUUAGUGGACAGUUAUUUGACCAGAAAACUGCAGUGCAACGGUAUCACCCAACCGCUCCGUAUAACGUGGACCGCAGGGGUUUCUAGACUGGAGAAGGAUUCGCAAAAAAUCCAGCUGACGAUCUCAGCUACUGGAUCGAAUGAAAGGUUUAUCUUGCAGGAUGUACACACCGUAAACAACCUGAAGUUGCCGACACAGGCCAUGAGUUUCGCUGACGUAGCCGGAAAGUAUCGUCAUCUGGAAGGGUUGCCAGUGACCGAUUACGCUGCAUCUGCACCAUUGCUUCUGAUUGGACUCAAACAUAUCGAGCUUUUCGCCCCGUUGGAAUCUCGCGUCGGUCAACCAGGCGAACCGAUUGCCGUGCGCUCUAAACUUGGUUGGACGAUCUACGGACCGCAAGACUCAACGCAAGGUGAGGGAUUUCUAGCACAACACUCGUGUGCUGGAUUAUCGAAUGCAGAGCUACACGAUCUUCUCAAGUCACAGUACACCAUCGAAGAAAAGGGCUUCUCGGCGGAUUUGAUGCCGGAAUCAGACGAUGAUCGAAAAGCUCGGGAAAUGCUGGAGGAGAAAACUGUUCGCGUCGGCGAUAGGUUCAUGACUGGACUGCUGUUCAAGGAAGACAACCCAACGUUUCCGGACAGCCUACCGAUGGCACUGCGGCGCAUGAAGAGCCUGGAGAAGAAAAUGUCGAAAAACCCUAAGUUGAAAGCUGCAGUGAAACAACAAAUAAUCCAGUAUCUGGAAAAAGGCUACUGUCAUAAAGCAACGAAGGAGGAACUGGCAUCUGUAAUCCCUGGCAAGGUUUGGUACUUGCCGUUAAACGUUGUUGUCAAUCCGAAAAAAGACAAGAUUCGCUUGGUAUUGGACGCGGCGGCCGAAGUGAAUGGUGUGUCGCUCAACUCCAAGCUCCUGAAAGGGCCGGACUACUUGGCCUCUCUACCAUCCGUGAUCGCCAAAUCUCGGGAGUUUCUCAUCGGAUUUGGAGGCGACAUCCGUGAGAUGUUUCACCAGCUCAAAGUUCGACCGGAGGACAGGCUGGCGCAACUGUUUGUAUUUGGAAACGAAAUCUACGUGAUGGAUUGUGUCAUUUUUGGAGCCACCUGCUCUCCUAGUAUGGCAAUGUUCGUGAAAGACAAGAAUGCUCGGGACUACGCUGAACAGUUCCCAGAAGCUUAUGAUGCAAUCGUCCACAAGCACUAUGUGGACGAUUACUUCGAUAGCACGGACACUGUCGAAAAGGCUGUCCAGCGGGCAAGCGAGGUAAGAUUCGUUCACUCUAAAGGCGGUUUCGAAAUCAGAGGCUGGGUGUCAAAUUCUCUGGAAUUUCUGGAACGCAUGGGUGAAACGGAGAAGAAACAAGCAAUUCAUCUCGACUCGGCUAAUCCGGAACGCGUUUUGGGGAUAGUGUGGAACACAAAGGACGACGUCUUCACAUUUACAACCAAGAUGCGCGACUCGUUAAUGCCAUACCUGUACGAUGGAAAGGUCCCUACGAAACGCGUAGUGCUUAGUUGCGUCAUGAGUCUCUUUGACCCGCUAGGACUAUUGGCGCCGUUCACAUUUUUUGCGAAAGUGCUGAUCCAGAUCCUCUGGAGAAAAGGCUGCGAAUGGGACCAAGUCAUCGACGGAGAAGCGCUGGAGGGUUGGAAACGGUGGACGAGCUAUUUGGGAGCUGUAGAAGUGGUAAAGAUACCGCGGUACUACUUCGGCGACGGUCUUGCUCUCGACUACUCAACGCUGCAGCUGCACAUUUUCGCAGAUACAAGCGAGAAUGCCUACGGCUGCGUAGGCUACUUCCGCAUCUUAGCUGGGGAGGUCCCUCGAUGUGCGUUGGUGCAAGCAAAAUCAAAAGUCGCACCGAUCAAGCAAGUGUCGAUCCCGCGGCUGGAAUUGAUGGCGGCCGUACAAGGAGUUCGUCUUGCGGAAAACAUCAAAGACAAUCACAGUCUGAACAUAGAACAAGUGUUCUACUGGACAGAUUCACGCACCGUUCACUCAUGGGUUGUUUCCGAUCAAAGAAAAUAUAAGGCUUUCGUUGCAUUUCGGAUUGGAGAGAUUAUCAGCCGGUCGCGGCCAUCAGAGUGGCGGUGGGUGCCCACUAAACUGAAUGUUGCGGACCAACUAACGAAAUGGAGCAAUGGUCCGAAGCUUGAUUCAAACAGUUCGUGGUUGCGGGGUCCGCAGUUUUUGUACAAACCAGAAGCUGAGUGGCCAUUACAGCAAUUCAAAAAACCGAAUGUCGAAGAUGAGAUGCGAGCAACAUUCCUGCUACACGACGUCGAAGUACAAGGUCAGUUGGUGGACAUAUCCAGAUUUUCUAAGUGGAACGUGCUUAUCAGAACGCUGGCAUGUGUAAAUAGGUUCAUCAACAAUCUGCGAGCGCCAGACAAGGGAAGGUGA